AUGAAAGGAAUGGGGUCCGCCGUCAAGUGGCUUGGUAAGCUCAAUCCCGAGGCAAAGAGAGACACAACCAAGUGGUGCGAGUUCUACAACGAUCACGGGCACAACACCACAGACUGUAUAGCCUUGCGGCUCGAGGUUGCCGCACUUCUGAAGAAGGGACAUCUCCGCGAUAUACUCACUGACAAGGGGAAGAACACCAUUAGCCAGAAGGGCUCCAAAGAACCGUCGCCCCCUCCGCGAGAACCCACACCGAAGGAUUUCUGCUCGCUCAUCUCCGGAGGAUCAGAAAUCAGUGGGGGAAUAAAGUUGAGCUUCUCAACACCCCAUAACCCCAAGUCUAACGGCCAGGCCGAGUCAUCAAACAAGACCAUCAUACAGACAUUGAAGAAGCGAUUGCAGAAAGCUAAGGGCGCAUGGGCAGACGAGCUACCCGGAGUCCUCUGGUCAUACCGAACCACGGCUCGAUCAUCAACUGGUGAAACCCCAUUUUCCCUGACAUACGGUUCUGAAGCAGUCAUUCCAACUGAAGUAUCAGUUCCGUCCACCAGGCUCCAAUGGACGGACGAGAAAUCAAACAGUCAAAACCUUUGCCAGAACCUAAACACUGUGGACGAGCUACGGGAAUAG